ACGAUAGCUUCGAUGCUAAUUAUGUCUGCUUUUAUAAUGAAAGCUUCGCUACGUUAAUACUCAUUUUGUGUUGAGAGCUUGGUGGGUUAAGACCAAUCUACUUCUAGUCAUAUCGAUUGGGUUAUAUUAUCAGAGAUUUGUAGUAGAAAUAUAAAACACAUUGGAAAAUAAUUCAUUGAUAGCUAUGUUGCAAAGAAAUGGAUCACGAUAGUAAUACAACAAUGGAAAUAAUACAAUACUAUCCCGGUGGUGAACAUGGAAUUGUACAAUUAUUAAAUAAAAAUUCGACGAAAGUUUACAAACGGCUUUCUGAUGAAAAUGAACAGAAUCAAAGAAAUUGGGAAUUUUGGUUGACAGCAGUGCCACUUGUGGCUCUAGUUAUAACAACGAUUAUUGCAAAUGGUGGUAUAUUAGUGAUAUUUUUACGAAAUCGUUGUAUUCGAAGAUGCAGAAACAUUUAUAUUUUAAGUCUCGCAUGUGCUGAUCUUCUACUUGGACUAACGAUGCCGUUUUCUAUAUUACAAACAUUAAAUAGAGAAUGGACACUAUCACAAGGCCUAUGUUGGACUUACUUAAUGAUAAGGUAUGCACUGUACUUUGUAGUUUUAUUAAGUAUGAUUUUAUUAACAGUUGAUAGAUGGUGGUCAAUCCAUUUCCCCAUCUCGUAUCGUGUGAAACAGAGCAGGAAAAUAGCCUGUAUUCUAGUAGCUUGUUGUUGGAUGUCCAGUCUCGUUCUACACAUUCCAUUAGCUAUAUGUUGGCAGAGUUUAUACGGUGACAUUACUCCAGAGAAACUUUGUCAUAUUCCAACUCAACAUAGUCUUGUGAUCAACGUUAGUGCCUCAGUACUAGAAUAUGUCCUUCCAAUGGUUGUGCUAAUAUCACUCAACAUUGGGAUUUAUUUAAAACUUUUGAGACGUCGAAACAACACGAAGAUUAGACGUUCUUUGAGUACAACUGAAACUUAUAUGUUUGAAACGAGACGAAAAAGUUCAAAUGACUCAAAUCAAAGUACAAGUAAUCCAAAUUCUGAAGAUGACGUUUCUCCUUUACCGCCACGACGUGAGUUUAGAAAUGUCCGUAGACAAACAAUUGUGUAUCAAGGAAAUAGAAGAGGUACUCUUACCGGUAAAAAGAUGAUGCGUCAAGGUAUGCUCCUUGGAGCGAAAGGGAGAAGCGCUUCAAUGGACACCGCGACUCUUAUAACUGGAUUCAAACUACGACAAAUGCAAGGAUUUAAAAAUUCUUUUCCAACAAGAAAACAAAGUGAUGAAGUUGUAAAAGGAUAUUUAUUACGUCAAGAUAAGAAAGCAGUUUUAUGUGUAGGUCUGUUGACAUUUAUUGCAUUUAUCUGCUGGACUCCAUACUUUAUUACAAUUAUUAUAGAUACAUUUACCAGUAUAGAACUGUCACAAACUGUUAAACAAAUCGUGUAUUGGAUUUUAGCAAUGAAUUCUGCUAUAAACCCAUUCUUAUACGGAUUUUGUAAUCAAGACUUUAGAAAAGUAUUAAAAACAUGGACAACGUGUUCAAAAUACGAACAAUAUAAAAUUCAAGAAGCUUUAAUUUAUUGUAAACUUUUGCAUAAUUGUGAGAUAGAAGUACAGAAAGACUUUCCAAGUCAGUGAUCGAUUAAUGGCCACAUUCCAGGCAAAAAAGCAAAGAGGUUAUAUUUUGUAUUCCUUUCAUCAUGUUUCUAUUUUUGUUUCAUCAGUCAUUUCAACUGAGUUAUGAAUAAUUAACUGUCUUCAUGAGUGUCAUUGAAAAUGAUUUCCUCAAACUUUGUGUGUAUUAGUGUUUUCUUAUUUUACAUUAUGUUUUCUUUCCAAUUGUGUCAAAGAUAUAAUUAUUUUGUAACAAAUAUUUUUUUGUUUCAUGUUCAAUGCCAAAUUAUUUCCCACUUCUAAUAUAUUUCGUUUAGGUCAAGUGAGUGUUAAGUGUGUAAUAAUUAUUUCAUUUAAGUGCCAAUUAUUUUGUUUAAAAUGUUUUAAUUAGUUGAUUUAUGUGCCUAAUUAAAGCGAAUAUCUUACUUAUAUUCCACAGAGUAUUGAUUACUGUUCUACGACUGAUAUUGAUAGCACU